AUGAUUCACAUGUUUGUGGGACUGACUUUCUGGAUUUUAGCCUGGUACACGGGCCUCAAAUUUCACGCGAUAAAUAAAUUACUCGAAGAGCCAUACAAGCACAUUUACAGACAAUUUGAAAGUGACGAUUUCGGUAAUUUUUUGCAACAACAAUUUCGUAUUACGUCAUUCAACAACUCGUUGUGUGGAGAUUUGAAGAACGAUCGUGAUCGAAGGGAAUUCAUUCAGAUAACAAAGCAUGUGCAUCUCGAGACAACCCUGCUAACGAAAGAUAUCAAUGACAUUUAUGGCGGAUUGAUGCUGGUGCAAUUCGGAAUGGAUUUCAUCCAGUUCACCGGAUUUUCUUAUGCGCUCUAUGGCAUUUGGUUGUGGCCACAGGUUGAGUUUAAAUGGAUACGAUUUAGCAUUGCAUCGUUCUGGAUGUCAGCAUUUUUGUUGAAAAUAUUUCUCGUCAACGGUAUCUGUGCGAGCGUAUCAAAAGAGGCCAAACGCACCGGUAAUCGAAUCCAUCAUUUCAUAUACUCGGAAGAAGAUUCCGAACUUUUCGAUGAGAUGAAGCAAUUCAGCUUCCAAGUGUACAACGUUCCCGUUGAGUUUUCUCCUCUUGGUUUUUUCAAACUUGGCGAUCAAUUUGUGAAAGGGUUUUUUGGGACUGUGCUGACCUACCUGAUAAUUCUGAUCCAAGUGGACGAAGAUUCGAGCUUUUUGUAAUCCUGCAAUUAAUUAAAUCACUAAAACUUCAAAAAGUGGAUUAAUAGUCCUCAAUUUUUCUAUGCCAAUUCGAUUUUUA